AAGGGACAGAGAGUGCCUUCUGCAUUUCCUAACGGUGGGGUUGACGUGCGAGCGGCAGAGCUUUGGAAGGCUGGUCACGAUGCAGGUGCUUCUCCCAUACAGCCGGCUGGGCCUGGCUCUCGCCCUCAUCCUGACUUUGGACUCUUCAGUUCAAGGUUUACCUGUGCGGAGAGCCAGGUACCAGAGGGUCCGCUGUAAUCCCGACAGUACUUCUGCAAACUGCAUUGAUGAAAAGGGACCCCUGUUCGACCUACUUCCAGGCGAAUCCAACAGAAUCCUCCCACCAAGGACUGACCCUUUUUUAAUGAUGCCAUUCCAGAACUUGAAUGAUGUCUUCCCUCUUUCUGAGGACUAUUCUGGAUCAGGCUCUGGCUCCGGCUCAGGAUCUGGAAGUGGCUCUGGAGAUGACUUCCUCACUGGAAUGGAGAGUGAAUACCAACCAUCAUUUGUAGACACAAAUGAUGCUUUUUAUUACAACUUUAAGCCUGUGCCCACAGAUGACCAGGACUUGGGUCAAGAUGGACCGGAAGAGAAUUUUAUUAUAUAGAAGAGAGGGUUUUCCACCUUGAUACCUGCCAAUGCAUUCAGAAUAUUUUCUGUAUCACAGUUAAAUGAUUAAUUUUGGGACAAAAAGUUUUUACAGAAAUUUUAAAACAUCUGAAAAAGAAGUUUAAGUUUUAUCAACUUUUUUCUCAUGAAUUAUUAAAUACUCCUUUACCUAUUACUAUUGUCCUAGAAAAUAUUUGCACUUUCUUUAUAUCCUAUUCAAUCAAUAUUGCUAUGAAUUAACCAGAUUCCCCAUGUCUAUAAAAUUGCUUUACAGAAUAAAUUAUACUGUUUUUCUUUUUUAAAAUGAAUUUGAGAAGCAAAUUGACAGGCGAUAUUUCAUACCUAAGUCUUCAGGAACCUGACUUUGAUUGUGAAUUAUAGAUAUGCCCUUUUUUUGAGUGAAAAACAAACAAACAAACCAACAACAAACAGAUGAAACGCUGUGCAUUAUAGAGUGGGUAUUUGACAUGUUUUACGGUGUGAAGUGUGCAGCUCUAGGAUUACCAUUGGAUGUGUCUGCAGAGCUACUGGACAUGGUGUGUUUAGACAUACGAUUGCUAUUUCAGUUACAAACUUAAGACCCAAAGUAAAACACAGUUGUGCUCUCCGUACCUCAUACGGCUUUACCUUUUUCCCUGGAUACCUGUGUCUUUUCAAAUGUUGUUCUAUUAAAGCAGAAGUAUAAUCAAA